AUGGAAUUAAAACUGAUUACAAACACUGCAACAGCACAGAGGGGAAGAGAGGACAGCAGAACCACAUUCAAAACUGGUACCUAACACCAUUUACUCAAUACUAAUGUAAAAGGAUGUUUACAUUUGUGUUGUUUGCAGUACCUUUUGAUAUUUACACUGUGUUUUUGUUGUUUUGGGGUUUUCAGUUUGCAUGUUACUUUUGCACUGGGUUCUCCCUGGUCCAUGUAAAACUGGAUAAAAUAUAAACAGCACAACAGUAUCCCAAAGGUGAAGUCAAAAUAUCCAGAAAUACCCUUCAGAUCAUAAGCUCCACCCACUUCAAAUGAACUUCAGUCCAAUAUUUCUAAAUAUUUAGGAAGUUAUUUUUAUGUUGAUGAAUAUCCCUGAGUUCAUUCUCUUAAGAGUUCAAGCCUUAAUUGGUAAUUUUAUCAAAUUAAAAAAAAAGAAAAUUGAAUUCAGUAAGACAAUGAAUAGCCGAUAAACUUUUUUGGAUUUUUCUUCUUUUUUUUUUUUUUCCUGAAAUUUCAACUUACCCAUGGGAUCCUGAAAUCAAAGUCAAAGAAUUCUGUUUUAGAUGUUUGAAUUCUGUCUUUAAUCUUAAAACUCCGUUUUUGAUCUUAGAAUUUCAAGGAAAAAAGUGGUGAUAUUUGGAGGGCUAAUCUUUAAUUAUCUCAUGAUCCAAUCAGUUCCAGUUUUGGAUUAGAUUUUUAUCUAACUUUAUCUAACUAAUUAUUUCGUCGACCUAAAACUCCAACUUUUAAAAAUGCCCUUCAGAGUAGGAUAUUUCUGAAAUGCAGCAGCCACCGUUGUCAACAGCAAGCAGGGUUUACAUAAAAACACUGACGUGACAUUCCAUGCAUGCACAUUACACUUUCAACUUGGGAACAUUUAACUGCUUUGCAUGAAUGGGACAACAACAGUGACAAUGACAGACACAUUAUUAGUUAAUAUGUUGAAAACGAGAAAACGAUCUUUGUUGUGUCAAGAUAAUGAGAUAAGACGUUAUCACAAGGAAACGAACUUUGUUAUAUCGAGAUAAUAAGUUGUUAUAAGAUAACAGCACAUAAAAUAAAGAAAAAUCCAUGGCCCUUCUGUAGUUUUUGGAGGUGCAUUGUUGAUAAUUAUAUUAACAAAAUUAUCCGCAUCAGACCAAACACCUGGAAAGAUUCUCAUAAUUCUCACUAAGAUUGUCACCAUUCAGCAACAAGUUUACAAUAUUGACAUGCAGUUGAUCCAUUGAUUGAUAACAAAUGUCAUAAUCUGUUUGCUACUCAGUGUAUAACAUCAAUGUGUGAAGGAUAAUGUGUAUAAUGUAUAAUGAGUGGGUGGUUAUGCAAAUUAAAAUCCCAACAGGGUGAGCAGUGCUGGUUUGUACUGGCCCAGUUAAAGCAUUAGUCUGCUUGUUUGUCCAAAUUUGUAAGGAACUGAAUAAGGAAAAAGGACAUCUGUGGGAGUAAUUCAGUUGACACUUCAGCAAAGAAAAACAUGAUCAGGUUGUCUGAUAUCUUUUAACCAACCUUUUACCAAAAUAUCUCAGUGUAGACAUUUGGUUCAUCGCGCUGUUAAAAAGCCACCUGUGAAUAAUGAAAGGUGUUUUGAUUUAUUUGCGUGCUUUAGGCAAGUUUUGAAUAGAGGUUAAUCACACUGUUGUGUAGAUGACCUGGUUGUAAGAGUGGAAUCCUCUGUGUUUCAGUUUAGGAGAAAACGUCCUUUAAUACAGUCAGAGGUUCUGCAUAAUGUCCUGCAGCAAUCAGCCAGUUACUGUGGGCCAAUCACUGCAUUUAAUGAAGCCUGUUGUUGUGCAGCCGUAAUGGCUCUAACUUCACACACACUCAUUAUGCCUGUCUGGAUUCACUCUCAUUUGGUCUCUUUUGGGAAAUGACUCUUUUGUCUGACUCAUCAGUUUGCAGCCUCUGGAGUUAGGAGAGGGGAAAUCAAGCCACUGCAAACUGGUACACAAGAUAUUUUUAUAUUAUCUCUCUUUAGUUUCCUUCAGAUAGUAAAGCCUCUGAAGCAGGAAUCUGUUUUCAUCCCUUAUUUGGUUCCCCCUCAGUGUUUUCUCGAGGCCAGCUACAGAAACACCUGAAACCACAUACACACGCAUUAAAAAAAUCCAGUUUUAGAGCAAAAUAAAUGUGUUUACAGCCCAGCUCAAAAGACAGUUUUAGCUCGUUUCUCUCUCUCUGCACAUGCUGUAUGAGGGAUGGAGGAAUUACUUAUUGGUUUGGAAGAUAUUAAGGUCGCAAGGUUUAAUAAGCUUUCUAAAAUUGUAACCAAUAAGUGAAUGAUUUAGUCUGUACGAUCAUCUUGAAACAGAGUAAUGAGCUACAGAGACCAAAACUAUUUUUGUACCAGCCAAUAAACGUGUUUAAGUUCUGCUGUAAAGUUUGACAUUUUAACAUGGGACUCUACCUGGAUUGACUCACUUCAGUCCACCAAAUAGCCUCUAGUGGACUUUUGGAGAACUGCAGUUUUUGGGAUUCCUACAAUGACUUCAGUUUUGAAGUCCCUGGUGUUUAGUGUUUAGGGAGUUGUAUAUUGACACAGAUGGUGUUUGAGUUUAAGACUGUUUAUCACCAAUAAUCAUCUCAGCUUUUCUCCUUUCUUCUUUUUCUCCUCUGAGCUCAUUAACAGAUAAAUCCAGAUCAGAUUCAUCAGCCAGUGAAGCUUUUCACUAUGAGAGGAGCAUCUAAAUGAUGCACCUGUGUCCACACAGAGACACAGAGUCUUCGAAUGUGCCAGUGUCUGAAUUCAAGGCCUGAAAACAUCCACAUGAUAAACUCCACAGACUGUCUUACCUCAAACUGCAACAGACAGUAAAACUCAGUAACUCCAGAAAGAAAGCUAGAGGUGUGUAGUCAGGUAAUUUUUAGAGAGGAGAAGUGACUCUGGCCUUAUUGAUAUUCACUGAACAGCGAGGCCUGACUCGAUGAGCCAUUAACGGACAUAAAAUGUCCCAUUUAACCUGCUGCUGCAUUAAAAGUUCAUGUGUUCCCUUCACGGCCCUGCAGGAAUGAGGUUUAAAUAUUCAUGACCACCUCCUCCUCUGACAGACACGCUCACCUCCAACAAUCUAUACUCUGUCCUUGUUUGGCUUCAGUUUCCUUUUUGCCCGCUUUCCCUCCUCCACCUCCUCCUCCUCCUUCUCCUCCUCCUUCUUCUCAUCCUCCUUAUCUGUUGUUUUACUGGGGUCACAGUGGAGGUCAUGAAACAUGUAAAAAUAGUCCAGGUUUUGUCAUGAGGCUGUAAUUUCAGAUCCAAAAAAGGAAAAGAAAAAGGAUACAGUCCAGAGUUUUAGUCCUAUUUAUCUAUAAAUAUUAAUUUCAUCAGUUAGAAAAGCCUUAAAAAGUUUAUUUCAUUUACUAAUUUAAAAGCCGUCAUCACUGGUGUAGAUGGUUUUCACUGUUUCAGAGAAUGACAAGAUUACAAUUUGCAAAUCAUGAUCUGCAAGUAUUCAGGGAGGGAAAAAAAAGUCCCCAAGGUUUAACACAAGACAUUUUAUGUAUAUAUUCCUGUGUAAUCAUCACACAAAUUUUUUUUUUGAAUUGCAUUUUAUUGCUUUACUAAUAUUUCUUGAAAAAAUUCAAUUUUUUUUUGUUAAAAAUUUAGUUUUUGAAUUUGUUGUUAAUCUUUAGAAAUAAUAAGGAAAAUACAAACACUGGUGACUGAUCAUUAUCACAGAAUAUCAACAAGCCUGCAAAAAUCUGAAAAUCUACAACCUUACAAACCCCAAAACAAAUAUAAAUGUAAAUAAAUAAACCGAUGCAGACAUUGGUGCUUCCUCCUACAGCCCAGGUUGCAGCUCCUUUCCGGCUCUGCAGGGGGCACUGUGGGUCCAGGCAGUAGUCUGCCACCCCAGGAUCCUCUCUGUCUAUGAGAGAGCAGUUCAGUCUGUAGCAUCACAUCUGAGAGAGUCUCGGAGGGAAAACAGUGACCUCUAAAAGUCUCAUUUUUAUAUCUGAACAUUUCUUCAUCAGCUGUCGUCUCUGGCGUUAAACUUUUCCUCUGAUCCUGAGGGUUUAAAGAAAAUUUACACCCAAUUUGGAAACACACACCUGAGAGAGACCUGAGAGAAGCUGAACUGUAGCUUUUAUUUAGUGACUACUACAGACUUAGUAGAGAAAUAAUGGUACUUUAGAAAUCACAGUUUUACAUCAUCUCAGUCUGUCUCCAGUUGCAUCACAAACAAAAAUGUGCCGUCAAUGUUAUUCUAGCUAAGUGUUUAUUUGCUGCAAUACUCAUAUUAAAAACUGCAAUUCCUUGAGUGUUCACUAGAGGCUGUCUGCAGAGGCAACAAAAAACAUACACACUAAUUCAAAAAAAGCCUAUUUCAAAAGCUAACAAUACAUUUGUUUACAGCCUGAUUCAAAAAACUGGUUUGGUCAGGACUCCUACGCACGCACCCACAGUACAAGGAGUGUGGUGAUGCAUUUGUUUUACAGAUAUUUGGAUUUUGAGAUGUGCGAAUCAGAGGCUGACAGGCAAACACACUAAAGCUAUGGGAGGCUAAAGGCUCGCCUCUGAUAGGUUGACUGUACCUGUGGGAUACACAUGGAUUUUGGUCACGGGAUUUUUUUUUUUUUUUUUUUUUAUGGCCCCAUCAGCCCGACGGCUCCAGUAACAGUAAUACCUCUAAGGCAAAAUCAGUCAUCACCCAACAGCGUAAAGGAAACCCCACCUCUGUAGAGUACAUUUGCCUGUAAAAGCACUGUAAAGACGCAUCACAUCAUCAGAUUUUUGUACCCAAUGCUCAGUCAGGCCUAAAAAUAUGCUGUAAGAGAGCCCAGUUUAAAAAUAAGUCCUCUUCACAGCACAUUUAAAUUUCUCUGUUUCCUGUUUACAUGGUGAAGUGCUGACCCUCGCCCAGAGAGACAAAGUGUGGUGAUGCAAUCUGACCUCCAUGCCUCUCUCUCUCUCUCUCAUACUCUUGCUCGUUCAUUCACUGUUUUUUCUCACACUCCUGCUUCCUGUAUAUGCUCUAAUUUCAACAGCAUCAAAACAAGCGAACCCCCAAUCUGCAUUUUCUACUUCCUCCCAAUCUGUGUUUUCUACUUCUUCUCUCUUUGUUCUCUCUCUCUCUCUCUCUCUCUCUCUCUCUCUCUCUCACACACACACACACACACACACACAUUCAUAUACAGGAAGCUGCUGCUGCUGGUUGUAAAUCUGCUAUGAGAAAUCAUCCAAACCUCCACCAUGUCUGCUGUGGAGAGGCUUCACCUCUGUGUCAUCCUGUUUGUCAUCACAUGCUUCAUCACAACUGCCUGACAGGCGUGACUCAGGGCAGGAAAUUCCCCAUAAACACGAACCAGGCUGUCAAACAAGCAGGCGACCUGUAAGAAAUGGUUUCCUCUGCAGACACAGGAGCAGCCAACUCCAUCACUGUGGUCCACAAACCACAGCUCCAGAGUGUAAACAAAGUAAGGCGAGAAACAGGGUCUAAAACAGGACCUAUAACUGUGCCCAAAACAGGGUCUUAAUCAGGGUCUUACACAGGGUCUUUAACAAGGUUUAAAACAGGUUCUAAACAGUCUUAAACAAGGUUUCUGAACUUAGUCAAGCCUUGACUGUUAUCAUAUUAACUUGCAGGCUUUACUGAGUCACUACUUUGCCUUGUAGCCUCUAUGGCCUAAGAUCCAUGUUACCUAAAAGAUGGUUUUGUUGUACAUUAUAAUACAUGUUGAGUUUCCAGAUUCAUUACACUGUACCAGCAGUGAAAAAGGUUGAAGUCCAGAGAGGCUGAAUUAAAGAGAGACAGAUGAGAACGUUUGGUGUUCUUCAGUCAGACCCACAUCUUUCAGCCAGUGUGCACAGGUGUGUUUGAUUAUUUACCUGCGUCCUCUUACUCCUCUCCCAGUCUGAGCCUCACACGGGCCUGAGUUUGAACUCACGAAGGCUCCAGCUGCUGUGUUCCUCUAAUCUAUAACUCAUUGGUUUUACUUGUUAAAUCAGAGAAUAUGAGCAAUCACAGUCAUGUCACAGAUUCAGAGGCUGUGAUGGCGUGUGUAUUUUUCAGAAAGCACGGUCUGUGCAGAGCGGAGACGAGCUCUGUCUUCUCCGUUUGAUGUCUUUAUCUGAGGCGUCAUGCCGAGCUUUGAAGUUUCUCCAGACUGACGGCAGCCAUGUUUGCUUUACCAAUGAGCUGGAGCUCUUCAGCCUCCAGCUACACACCUCUGCUUCUGCUCUUUGUCUCCAUGGUUUUGCACAUUUCAAACAGGAAAGAAGUCUGAUGCACAAACAGCCCAGUGUUUCUUCAAACAGGAGAGGGUAGACUGCACCGAAAACUCCUCUGACUGAGGCAUCUCUUUGGCCUCUGGGGUUUCUAUCUGCAGACUUGGUCCUUGAAUACAUAGCUCCAGAACUUUCCCCGCUGUAACCUGCAGACUGGGUUCAUAAAUCUGAGUGAAGUCAGCUCCCCCUCUUGUCUCCGCCCUGCUGGACCCGUCCUCUGUUUGUCCCUCAGUUUGAUGUGUUGUUAGGAGGGACCCUGUUCUCUGGCUGUGAUUUACACAGACGGAUAAUUAAUUCUGACACCACACAGUUUGAUUCAAACACUCACAUCUGUGUCUUUGUUUGGUUGCUGGACACAAAGAACAAAACUCCCACAAACACCUGUUAAACACACCACACAUCUCUGUUUCUAAUAUGAUGUCUGCUUCUUUGGUGUCAGUCCCUUUACACUAGCAAAAAUAUCAUUUCACUAUUUCAAUCCUCUGAUUCAUUACUUUUUCCCUCCUUCGUUCUGUUGUAUGUUCGUACUGUUGUGUAAAAACUGCUGUAAUAAUAUUUUAAGUGAAGUAAGUCUAAGGUCAGACAUAGUCCCAUUUUCCACCUUUAUCGCACAUGUCUGAAUGUGUACGUUGUGUUAACCUGCACAGAUGCUUGUCCGUUUUGCUUUUAGGAAAGAAGAAAAACAGAAAAGUGUGCAGGGCCCAGGUUACAGCGGUUUAUUCUGUGUGUCACUGGACAAAAACUCUAUGAAAAGAGUCAGGUUGAAGUGCCUGAAGUGGUCUGAAGAAACAUUGGCACCUCUUCUUCACUCUGUAUCCAGAUUUUUUGAUUUACAAUGGGUACAGAUGCUUUUGACCAAUCAUGACUCAUUUCAGAGAGAGGUCACUUUUUCAUUGGCCAUUGUACUGAGAGAGACACAUUGUUUGUGAUAAAUAAUAGCAUUAAGUACUUAAAACAGACUUAGACAUGGGUAAUGAAGACUUGGCCUGGAUUCAAACACAAGUAAUGGGGACUAAAUUAAGACUCAACUGGAAAUCUUUUGAACUCUCAUCCUCAUCCUGGUCUUAGACACAGGUAAGGUGGACUUGACUUGGACUUGGACACAGGAAGCAAGGAUUUGGCUUGAAAUCCAACACAGGUAUUGAGGAUUGGACCAAGGAUACUCUCAUAUUCCUCUCAGGUGACUCGUUCUCCACAAUGAUGUAAACAUCCAGGACUCGAAACUCAUCUCAAGCUGUAGGUAUGGUGAUUUGAAUUCCUCUCUGGUGACAAGGACUCAACUAAGACUUGAACAACGAUUGGUUGAGUCCCGACUUUGACUAGAAUUCUGGGAAUUUGAAUUCCUUUCUGGGACUUGACUUGGAUUCAAACAUUGAGGACUUAAAAAUCGAUUUAGAUUCAAGGUUAGGUUUGGUGAUUUAAAAACCCUUCUGGUAACAAAGACUUACAUCAGACCUUAAUAUUGAGAACUAGAGACUUGACUUUGAUUAGAGUUUUGGUUCACUGAAUUUUCUCUGCUGACUGGGGCUCAACAGCUUGAACAUGAAAUACUAGAGACUUACUGAAGAUUUGGUGACUUAAAUUCCUAUCUAGUGGCUAUGACUUAUCUAGACUUUUACAUUCAAGAUGAGGGACUCAACUCAUACCUGAAUUUGAUUGAUUUAGAUUUGUUUCUGUUGACUAGGACUUAACUCAGACUCAAACAGAGUGGACUCAAGACUAAACUCAAACUAGAGCUUUGGUGGUUUAAAUUCCCUUCUGGAAGCUUGACUCAACUUUGACCCAAACAUUGAGCCCUAAACUUGUCCUAAAUCUGAUUUUUUGAUCCGCUUAAUCUCUACUGAUGCAUUAGAUAAGACUUGGACCUGAAUGCUGAGGACUCAAGACUUAGCUCACUUGGAGGUUUGGUGAUUUGAAAUCUUAAUUGGUGAACUCAUGUUAGACUCAAACAUUAAGGACUCAAGACUUGACUUGGACUGGAGGUUUGAGCAUUUGAAUUUUUUUGUGUGACAAGGAACCUAUUGGGUUUUGUAAAAUUGGUGACUUGGGCAAAAAAUUGGACUAGAGGCUUAGCAUUUUAAGUUCCUGCAUGGUGAUGAAGACCCAACCAAAAUCCAAAGAUUUAUUGUUUUAGAUUAAACUUGAUGUUAAAUGAUUUGAAUACCUUUUUUGCUGACUAGAACUUUACUCAGACCUGAACAUUGAGGUCUAAAGACUUAACUUUGACUGGAGUUUUGAUGAUUAGAAUUUUCCUUGGUAACAAGAACUCAACUGGGUUUUUAAAAUGACUUGAGACGAGACUCAGACUGAAGGCUUGGCAAUUUAAAUUGCUUUAUGGUGACUAUGUCUCCUAAAGACUUGAAGAUCUCAAACUCAAACUCAAGGUUUGGACAUUGUGGUUUCAAGACUUGAUUUGGUCCUGAGUUUGGGUGACUUAAAUUCCUCCUGGUGACUAGAAGUCACCUUGGACCUAAACACUGAAGACCUGAGAUUCAGCUUAAACUUGAGGUUUGGAGAUCUGAGAUCAUUUCUGGUGACAGGGACCUAACAUGGACUUGAACAUUGAAGAAUCAGGACAUAACUCUGACUUGAGGUUCAGUGACUUGACCACAACCCGGGUCCCCCAACAUUAUACCUCAAUAUCAGUUUGUUAUAAUCUCACUGUUAAUAUUUUUUUAUCCCAUUGCAGCCUGAGUGUACAUGUUUUAAAUUGAUUUAAAAGUCAGAGUUUCAAGUACCUGCUGCAGUUGACUUGUGAGGUAGAUUAUUUUUGACAUUUUAAGGAGUUUCAUUAUUCUAAUCUUCCGCCUGACAAAACUUGAAUGAAACAUGGGGUUAUACAAACAUUCCUGUUUGAUCCGAGCCGCUCUGACCUUUAGCUUCCAGCUGACACAACAAGCAGGAACUCAUCUGAAUUCAAUGUUUUCUUGAAUGCUGCCUGCAGGCCGUACGACAGACUACACCCACAGUGAUCUCACAGCUUACUCUCUGGAGCUGCUCAUUUCUGAGUGUCAGCAUGUGUGGCAGACGGUUUGUGUGUCUGUGUGGAGGAGUUCAGAGGAUGAGUCACUGCUGGUUCAGCCACAUUUCACUGUCAGCAAACAAAAGCAGAACCUGCUCGGGCUGAUGUUGCAGCGCUGGAGUAUUUCCUCUGAACGAGCUGUCAGCAGGUUUUCACUGAGCGACUGCACAGACAUGUUCAGCAUGUAUGCAAAUCAUGUUCAGAUGCAGAGUUAACACAGGUCAAUGCCUGCUGGAGAGAAGCUGAAGAGAUGAAGCCUCAGGGUCUGAAAGUUCACGAGGAAAGCUCUGCUGUAACUUUCGUUUUACACAUAAACACCACCAAAUAUAAAGAGUCUGUGGGCAGAGGCUCCAGUUUGAACAGAAGGUUCUAGUAUCUGUUUGUAGUUGUUUUCUCAUGUGUCCAAAUAUGUUUAAAAACAGAUUUUUUUCUAAACAAACAGGUUGCACAUGUGCACUGAAGAAGUAUCAUUUUACUGUUAAAAGAUAAUGAAACUGACAGAAAGUUGUAAGAGGUAACUUAAAUUCACACUGAUUGGGAGUGAAUUGCAAAAAAGAGUGAUUUUUAAUGAAGUAAGCUGUAGCAAAACCCUUUUUAAAAUUAUUAUUUACAGUAAAACUGAGACUCACUUGGUAAGAUCACUCAAUUUUAAGCUUGAGUAACUAUUCACAGUGAAAGUAAGAUUCAUCAGGUCCCUACUAAUGAAAUUGAAUGAGAAGCUUCUGUAAAACUAACUUUUUACAGUCAAAUUGAGACUCACCAGGUUCAUACUGCUAAUAUUUAUCGGACUGAAGGCUUUGUGCAACUUGGUGUUAACAGUAAAACUGAGACUCACAGGUUCGUACUGUGAAAGAGAGCUGUAAACAGUGUCAGAAAUGAUGCAUUUUUCUCUUCAAAAUUUUCUCUCUUUGUGUUUUUUUUUUGUGCUUUUCUGUCAUAGAGUGUUUCUCUCUCUGUAGCUUUAAAUCUGAUGUUUGACUCACCCGUCAAGGCAAACCACACAACAGUCCUUUUCCUGUACCUGCCCUUUCACUGAUUCACACAAUGUAAUGCUACUCUAUUAGCAUUCAAGUGUAGACACAUCACACACACACACACACGCACGCAUGCACGCGCGCACGCACAUACACAGGUCAUUGUGCGACUCCUCUCUGUGAUGUAAUUCCAGGCACGUCGACCUGCGUGGUGGAUGAAUGGAUGGCCUUGUUUGAGGGGAACACAGGAGCGGGAUAAUGGAGUCAUUUUGUGUGCGUGUGUGUGUUUGUGUGUGAUGGUGUGUGUGUGUUUUCUGUGCGUGAGAGAGAGAGAUAGUAAAGUGCACUGGCCUUUUCAAAUGAGUGGCUUUUGAGGAGGGAGCAUGAGGAGGCUGCAUGACCUCUCUCACCCACACGGACUGCUGGUACACUUCGAACGAGAGUGUGUUUUUGUGUGUGACCCUGUGUAUGUGUGUGUGUGUGGAGGAGUGUGUGGACAGUAUCAGAGCAUGGACAUGUUUGUGAUUUCCAUUCAAAUACAGCCCUUAUUACAAAAAAAGGAACACUGUGUAAAAUGAUAAUGAAAACAAAUUUUGAUGAUCUGCAAAUCAUUUGUUGUUCAGCAGCAGGACUCUCCUACUUCAGAGUCAUGCUGUUGUAAUACCUGCAGAACUUUUCUGUUUUACCUUGCUGAAAUAUACCAUCAGAAAUGCUGGCUUUGGACUGGGUGCUGAUAAAAAGCCAGGUGAUCCCUCUACUCUUGAGAGCAAUGUCCAUGAUUUCCACAAAGAAUGUCACAUCUUUUGGACUACAGAGGAUUUCUGUUCGGCAGAAAUCCAUCUUGAGUUCACUUGAAUGUUUAAUGAAUGCAAACUAGCCUCAUUAGUUGGUGUUUUUCCUGUUUGUGGCGCUGCCAGCAAGUGUUUCUACUGCAUUAAUUGAUAGUAGAGGCUGAGUUUGUGCCCUCGGUUUAUCUCACUUGGUCACAAACUCUUGUACUGUAAGAAUAGAUGAUGAGGUUUUAGUGCUCAAUGAUAAACCUUUAUUGGAGACCUCAGCCUACCACCACAUGUUCUGAAUGCUGUUAUUGUGUUACAGUAGAGCACUUCAGAGCAACCGCACACUGAACUCUCUGUACACUCGAUUCCACAAAACAUCAGUCUGUUCCCUGCUGUCCACAUCCAUUAACAGCUGGUUACUACGGCAACAGCUGCUAACGUCAUCCUCCUCCGACAGACAAGACCUGAAAUUUCUCUCUGCAGCCUGAUCGAUUAAAGACAGAAGAACAUGGGCAGAAUCAUUCAAGGGUCCUUCUGGCAGAUGCAACACCGCUUAAAAAAGUUUUAUAAGCUGUAUAACGUGGAGAACAACAGAUUUUGAUGGUUUGCUUAUCGCUCAAAGGUAAUAUUUAACUGAAAUUUGGGCAAGAAUGAUAACUGUUAAAAUGUGAAAAAACCCAUUAUUUCAUAAAAAAUGCGAACUUAAAGUUUGAUGCUAGAAAUACAAUUAAUAUCAUUGAUAACCAGAUGGAUCACUUAGCAGAUAAUUUAAAAAAGGGGUUGAAAAACUAUAAAAGGAGAUUUAGAUUUAAUUAAAGGUCUGAUGUGAUGUGUGUGUGUGCGUGCGUGCGUGUGUGCGUGCGUGUGCUGCAGAUAAAGACGAGAUGUGUGAAGAGGACAGAUCCUUGGCUUGCACAUCCACGCUCUCAUUGGAAUGCAAGUGCAUAUCUCGCUCUGCAGCAUGCACUGCAUUAACUACAAUCCCUACACUCCCACUGACACACACACACACACACACACACACACACACCCUUCUCCGGGUGCUGUGACAGAAAUAGCUCCGCAGCUACAAGUUGUUCUCAGGCUCGGCCUCUCAGGAACAUCCAUCUCAUCACCCCCCAUCACUCCCCCCUCUCUCAGAGUUGGUGAUGUAACAUCCUCGCCAUCCGCCCUGGGGCUUUUGCUGAAACGAGUUUCUUUUUGCUAAAUGCAUGAAUGAAAAUGCCACGCACCGGUCAGAGGUGCAAACACUUGGCUUAUUUGCACCUCUAGUGUAAGAACAGUAAACAGUAUGUCCCUUCCAGGCCACCAUGCUCUACAUCUUGUUUACAGUGUUGUGUUUUCUGUUCCCCACUUUACCCCCCCCCCCCACCCCCCCAAGGCAGACAUGAGGUCUCUUUCUUUAUCUCCCUCACAUUUCCUCCCUCUGUCGUUUUUCUGUCCAUUCUGUCGGCAGCAGUGACGUCCCCUCAGGCUGCUGCUGGUUUUCAUUACUGACGAUGACAGGGCUUCAGAGUGUGUUUUUGUGUGUGUGUUAGUGUGCGUUUACACACAGUACAGUAUGUGUACAGUAUGUGGGUUUACACGUGUGCAAGUCCCCCCGCCCCGUUAUCACACUUCAAAUACAAAACAAGCGUUUCCUGCUCCUCAGGCCUGUGCAGAGAAAAGUCAUUAAUUUAAAACACCUCUGUCACAUGUUUACGCCUCAGGACUUACUAACAGAAUCAAACAAGAGGCUGAGCUUCAACUCCUCUACUCCAGACUCCACUAGAGCUUCAAUGAUGUUCAGUGUUUCAUGAUUAUAAAUGUUAAUUUAGACACUCUGGUUCAUACUGUGAAUACUCUCCAUCAGGGAUACUGGCUUUGAACUCCUCUUAGUCCAUCUUCAAGGGUUCAUGUCCAGACAGUUUUGUGUCUCAUUUUUUGUUACUUUUGUCUCAUGAUGCUCCACAUGUUUUUAACAAAUCAACAGGCAGGCCAGUUUAGCACUUAAGUUUUGUCAAUAGUUGUAUAGUUUCAGAAGUCGUUAUGGUCAAUUCAGCUCCAAUAGAACAUAUCUGUAGCACAAAAUCAAACCAGCAGCUUUAGUCAGGUGUGAACAGGCAGUAUUUUAGCUCUGUCUGGAGAAAGUUUGUUUUGUCAAUAGAAUUCGAUUACAGCCAGAAUAAAACUAAAAAAAUAUUUAAUUCUUAGAUGGAGUAGAAAAAGCAAUGUAAGGAAAACUGAAGCAGUUAAAGGUAGGGUUGGUAAUCGCGGCGAACUAGCAUGAAUUUGAAUGUAGCCCCCGAUCACAUGCAUGAGCGCUGCUGUCUGCUGAUUCGAAACCGCAGAUGCAAAACUUUGGGAUUUUAGAUUGGAAAGUCUUUGCACAGCAGGGACAAAGAAAGUAACGUUAGCAUUGGGAUGAACACAUAUCUAGAAACAUGGCUAAAUACUUGACAAAGAUUGAAAAACACUCUGCAAUAAACCCUCAACGUACCUUUCCAACAGAAAAUGAGCGACCAUGGCAUCGUUUUUGAAGCCCUUGACCUCGUUCAGUUCUCUUUAUCGCUGAAAAGCUGUCCUGAUGUUGACUUUCGUUUUUGCCUGUGCUUUUUCCAAACUCUGUCUUGCUUCAGCCUUCUCUGUGUCUUUCUUUUCUUGCUCUUUUAUGCAAGAGGAGUGGUCACCAUAAAUGAGUGUUUUCCCAGUUUUACUCCUGCUGUAGACAGUGGCGAUGUUUUGCUCUUUUUAAGAACACAUCAUGUAUUGAUUUCCACUGGAACAUAAAGAUAAUUUUAACCAGAACCACAAAAAGUGUAUCUAAAAUGAGAUUACCAACCCUACCUUUAAUUUUGAGAUUUUUAUGUAUUUACAGAUAAAACUACAGGUUGACCUUCGACCUGUAUUUGGAUGGUGUUACAGGUGUAACAAAGACUCAGGCUGCAAACCUGCACACACACGCACACACACACACACACACACACACACACACACACACACACACACACACACACACACACACACACACACACACACACACAGAGCCAUAUAUUUACUGCUGACGUAGUGUGUUUGUCCGGCUCGGCUCUGACCUACUUUGCUUCACAAACAAACAGAAACACGAGGGCGUGGCCACUGGGUGCGCCAACCGACACAACCACAGGCCCGAAUGUCACUGAGGCAUGAUGGGAAACGAAGGGGCUAGGCUGAGCUCACCUAAAAAUAGAGCUGAGAGCAUUGACGGUGCUUUCCUACGAGUGUUAACCCUGUGGUAGCUGUGUUGACACUUGAAGAGGGGAAGUUACGCUUUAAGGCACCUGCGUGGUACUAAAAUACAGCUGCACCUGCAGGACACGAGCUUAACACUGUGUCUGUAAAUUCAUCUAAAAUCUGAGUGCAUGUUCUGAGGAAAUCAUCUUCAUUCAUGUUUGCAAAGAGUUCAUACUGAGAAAAAGUGUGCUGAUCAUUCUGGUCAGGCCUCCCUUUUGCCCUGCUCAUUGAAUCUUUCUGGCUCAGUGGCAGCCUGGCUGAAUAAUGCAUCAUGGGUAAUCAGAGCUCUAUGGUAUUUCCAUUCAAGCAGAAAGUUCCUGUACUCUCCCCCAUGGAGGUUACAACUUUCCUGGAGCUCAUUGAUGGAGAAUCAGAGAGGAAUCUGACUGAGAAGUUCACUUACAUCGGGGACAGAUUUUUAACCUGAGCCUCUGAUUGUCAGAGUCACAUCUCACCAUGAAAACGAGAUAUUUGAGGGCUGACUUUAAUCUGCUCUGAUAAAAAGGUUCAAAAUACCAGCUGUCAGAAACCAGAAAAAGAAGUAUAUUAUCAUUUGUAAUUUAAAUACAGGUCUGCCUCAGUGUUUCAGCUGCAGCCGGUUUGCCUCUGCUCAGCUGCUGUUUGAAUCCUCUGGAAGAUGAAUACAGGAAAAAAUUAUAUGAGGCACAUUUUUCCAACAUUUAAUCAAACAUGAAGCAGUCAGCAGGGCCCUGUGGAAACUUCAACUUUGUUCCCUCACAACACCCAAUUGGGUCACACGUGGAACCUUUAAGACACUCUGGCAGUUUACAUCCCUUUAAUUUUUCUACUGAUUUGUCUACUAGUCUCAGGAAUACUUCCUCUGCUUCAUUAAAGAAACUUCAGUCAGAAAAAACAAGCCUACAUGUGGGUAAAAACAGCAACAGACAGUGAGAUUUCUAUUCAUUUCAACACCACAUCCACCAGAUUAUGAAGCGAGUUUUUCCCCCCAAAACAAGUGGGAUUGUGUGUAUUUGGGGACAAGUGUUGACAUUUUUAGGUGUUAAGUUAUGUUUACACUUUCAGCCCUAAAAACAGAAUUAUGUGGCAACUCACUGCAAAAUCCAUUCACUGUGUGAGACUAGGUGCUUUCUGAUCGUGAACUUUUUAUGUUCCUGUGACAUCCAGUAGCUUUUCUAUCCUACAGAGAAGACCAGUGACCCAGCUGACUUGUAAAGGUAUAUUUAGAAGCUAGAACAGCAGAUGUCACAGUCUGCUCUUAGUAAAGAAAUAGGAGAGAUAGAGAUGUGUGGAGCUUAUUUAGUAUCGCUCGUUUGACAGCCUCAGUUUCUCUUACUCACCUAUUCAAUGGCCCAAUUCCAAACUCCACCCUAAGCCCUCAAGCCCUGCACCCUCAUUAGCUUAGGUUAAGUCAGCUGGUAAGUGCUUGAGUGUGGGAGGGUUUAAGGGCUCCAAAAGGGUAUAAAAGCAAUGGAACAGCCCUUUGUGACGUGCCACGUUAUCUUGACGAUAGACGACAACGUUGACAACCAAAGAUGCGACUGACACUUGCCUCUCUGGGCUCUUAAUUCUGCAUUUAUUUCGCGGCCAGCGACGUUGCAGAAGAAAGGCCAACAUUGUUCCGCUCCUUUUGCACACACUUGCUCUUGAACAUAGACAACAGGUAAUUGGUAAAUAAUGAUUAGAUUGAUAAAUUAUAAAACCAGCAUUAAUGAUAGGUUAAGUGAUAUUGAAUGGUUAAAAGGUUGAAGCACUAGAUUCUGAAAGUAAUCACUGCUUUAGAGUGUUAGUUCAGGAUAAAAUGUAUUGAUUCAGAUAAAAGUUUGAAGUAAAAAUCAAUUUUCUUUGUUAUAAGAAUAACGCAUGCGUGUGUGUAUGUGUGUGUGUAUAUAUGUAUGUAUACACACACACACACACACACACAUAUAUGUGUAUAUAUAUAGUACAGGCCAAAAGUUUGGACACACCUUCUCAUUCAAUGUCUUUUCUUUUUUUUUUAUAUGACUAUUUACAUUGUAGAUCAUUACUGAAGGCAUUAAAACUAUGAAUGAACACAUGUAGAAUUUUGUACUAAUAAAAAAAGUGUGAAAUAACCGAAAACAUGUUUUAUAUUCUAGUUUCUUUAAAAUAGCCACCCUUUGCUCUUGAUGACAGUAGUUCCUUGUCAGGGUUACUUCAGGCACUCCUGUGAAGUAAAAACCAUUUCAGGUGACUACCUCAUGAAGCUCAUUGAGAGAACAGCUGAAGUUUGCAGCGCUAUCAAAAAAGUAAAGGGUGGCUACUUUGAGAAAUCUAAAAUAUAAAACAUGUUUUCAGUUAUUUCACACUUUUUUCUUAAGCACAUGAUUCCACAUGUGUUCAUUCAUAGUUUUGAGAAUCUACAAUUUAAAUAGUAAUGAAAACAAAGAAAAUGCAUUGAAUGAAAAGGUGUGUCCAAACUUUUGGCCUGUACUAUAUAUAUAUAAUAUUAUAUCCAUGUUAAUGUAGUGCAUUCUUGUUCAUCUUGGCAUUCCGGCGCCCACCAUACACGAUGCGGAACAUCCAUGUUAGAGUAUUAAGGGUGCGCCUAGAUCCUAAAUGAACUGCUUCUUCUUGAGCUUCUUCGCCAUGAUCUCCGUCAUUUUUGGUGUCUGUCGCGGACGUUGAGACGCUCGUGGCCUCGUUCCUUUUUAAAUCCUGGCCCCGGCUGCGUCGCUGUCCUCCAGUAACGCCCACAACGCAAUGAAUUGUGGGCAAUUUCAUAGCCAAAGUCCUCAACGGUACGGACUUACGGAAAGGGUGCAGAAAGGGGCGUUCCCGAGCCCUCGCUGACUUACCGAUUUCAUUUGGAACAACCCUCAAGCCCUUACAGAGCUCACAUGAGCGCGCACCUAAGUCAAUGAGUCAGUGAGGGGGUGAUUUGGAAUUGGGCCAAUAAACACCCUCCUGGAAACUCAUUAAACCAUCAAACACAAUGACACAAAAUCUUAAGCCAAAAAUUGAUCAAAAAUAGGUUUACAAUUAAUUUAGUUGUAUAGCUCUACCAGUAGGUGGGGCUAUGACUAAGGCAAAGUUAUAAUCUUAGGAAAACUUCGUAACAGCGCAUUAGUAUAGUAUCAAACAGUGAAAGGUCGUCUUAAUUUUCGUAUCUGAGUUAAUAACACUUGUGUCCAAUUGGUGGCACUAUCACGAUGACAAAAAUAUCUGUAGAUCAGUUCAAGUUGGGACUGUUAUUGAUGUAGUGAAAUUUGACGCAGAUCAGAUGAUGUAUGUCAAAAUCAGUACCCUGUAUUUCCACAGGGUGGCGCUAUGUCUGGAGUUAAGAAGUGUGCACAGAGAUGUGUUUUGGGAUUGACCUUAAUCCUGUAAAUGAAUAUCAAAAAGAUUCAAUAUUGUAUGAAGAAGUUAAAGUAACUCCCUGUUUAAUGGCAUUGAAUUUAAACCAAAAUAAUGGGCUUCCUGUUGGGUUACGGGUACGGUGUAGGAGGACUUUUUGUAGACUGUGGUGUUAUACAUAUGUUUAGCAGAAAAUGCAAAUGCAAUUUGAACCAUGUAAUGGGGUUAAAUGUUCAAAAACUUAAAUUAAAUGGGUACUGUUGAUGGAUUUAUGAUCAUUUUUUCACAAAAACCAAUGAAAAAAAUGAAUGCAAAAAUCUCGCAUUUUGGGGCAUAGUAAGGUCAAAGAAAGAAAGUAAGAAAGAAAGAAAGAAAGAAUACUAGCUUGGGGUUCCAAUAGGACUUUCUCGUUAUUUAGGCUCAGGCCCCAUUUAAAAAAAUCCAAAAUCCAGAAAAAGGACCAGAAUUGCAUAGGUGUCAUUACUGCCAGUAUAACUUCUUUAAGAGCUGAAGAAAUCUACAUAGGGUUUUGAAAUACUUGACUUUUCUAUGAGUCAUUUAAAAAUAUGUAAAAUUCAAAACCCAGAUUGUACUUUAAGUUUAUUCUCAUUAUUUCUGAUCUGUAGACACCAGAAGACGACGGUGAAAUCAAAUGUUUAGGCAUUCAAGCUGAUACUUCACUCACAUGUUAGACAUCCCUGAAAUAUUUUAGGAUUGUGUUAAACUUUGACAAGAAUCUUCAUCCAGUUUUAUAACAGUGUGAAGACCCCACCGAGAGUUUGAUUCAUUUUAGCUUAGCAGUUAUUUUUUCCUCAGAACCUGAAAGUAGUUUAAUUUGGAUGAGCAGGGAGGACACAGCUUAUUUGUGAGUUCUGUUUUUUGUUUCAUUUAUUUGUAAUAAGGUGAAAUCCACUGAAAGACAGUUUACAGUGUUUCACUUUGUCACUGCCCUGUCUCAGAUCCAGGUAACUUUUACUUUUUUUGUCACCUGUGAAACCAGAUCUGUCUGAGAGAAGCCGAGCCGUCGCUUCACAUGGUGUCGGGUCUCAGCAACAUUGACUCUGAAUGGGAAUGCCAGUUUUGGUUUACACUCCUUCCUUCAAUAGUGGAGGGACCAAGGGAGCAGGACAGACGAGAGGCCCAGGCUGCCAUGGACACGGAGAGACAGAGCGGGCAUUGAAGAGGACGAGAAUCGAACAGAAACCAGCAUGAGGGUCUCAGGUUCAGUGUCUGGACAGUGUUGCUGGUUGGUAACUGUAGACAGAGAGCUUUGUGGAGCCUUUAUACUGCAGAACAAACUGAUGCUGUGUGCAAAUCAGCUAACUUCACUGAGGGACACCAUCAUGGGACGUCAGAGCGACUUUUGACUGACCUGAAUCUGACAGCACAUUAGUGGCUGGUACAAAUAGGACAUAUGAUAGUUUAAUAUUCCAUACCACUCGGUACACUUCUCAGAUCAUUCAGCUAUCAAGCCGUGCUUGGAUCAAAACUAAACGUAUUCACCUUAAGUUUCUCUCACCAAAAAUACCAGAGGUGGAGCUUUUUUGAUUGGCUGAAGAAAGAAGCUUUUUCAUGGUUGGACACAAUUUCACAACUCACAAAAUUGUAAAAACUAAAGAUACAUCUCAAAAAGCUAGCAGCCCAUUGGUCUGUUUAAAGGGAGUCUCAGUUUCACUGUCAUUACACAUCUACAUCAAUGUUUUAAUUUUUGCAGGAAAUUCUCAUUUCUCAGUGUUGAAAAACCUACAAAAAUUAUUAUUAUUUCUGUUUGAGAGUUAUAACACUGAAAUGAUCUAGAGUCAAGCCCAUUAGUACUGAACAUUUACAGUAAAACUGAGACUCCCCACAAACAAACCAACAACAAAGUUGUUUAUUGCCAAAUGUUAGCUAUGACCCAGAUACUAAGAGGCUAACCUCUGAGUGCAGAGGACUGUCAGACUACAGCUGAUGGAUUAACUCAGAACUAAAAUGGAAGAGGUUGACGUCUUUAUCAAAUCAUUUUCAACAGCACAGAAAAAGUGGAAAAUCUGAGGUUGCCCCAUUUUUCUGUGUCUGAUGUGGAUUCUUAGGGUCUGAGCUUGAAUAAUAUCAGUGUCAGGAGGACGGAUACAAGUAAAGAAGUGGUGAUGACCUCCUCCUCCUCUGUUGCCUCUUCCUGUGAUUGUGGGUCAUUGUUUAGAGUCAGAGACUUGCAAGCGAGCUGAUGAAGGUUUUCGGAGGAGCAGCUGGUCACCUGCUGUCAGGGUGCCAAUGGCAGGAAAUCCAGCACAAACACUGGCUCUGUGUUCCUGUCCCAGAGGAGCUGGAGCUGAUUGGGACGCUUUUUCAGUUUGAAACAAACCAUUCAUCCCUGGAACAAUGAGGUCAUCCUCUAUUCUGGCUCCACAAACAAAGCCCACUUCAUGUCUGUGUGUGUGUCCACUGCUGUGUGAGCUAUUAUGGAGACAUGAAUGGUAGUUUAUAAACUGGACACUGACCUUGCCAAGGGUGACGUCAUCUGAGAGCAGGAAGGCUUUGAAAUGCACCGCAGUGUUGCACUGACUGGAAACUACAAACAGGAUGUUAAACCGAAAUGUUGGUGUUUUCUUCCCUCGUGACCACCAGGCCACUGAAACUCAGAGCUCAAAUGCAUUUCAAAUACUCUAAAAUGUUUCCAGAAACAACAUUAGCAUUAGACAAAAACUAAAAAAAAAAAAUCUGAAAAAAUCUAAAAUGAAGAAGAAACACCAAAAAACAGUUAAAGAAACAUUCCAGAAAAAUUCAGAGCACUUUAUAUUUCCUGUAGGGAACUUUUAACUGGAUUUGAAAUAAUCUCUUGUUUCUGCUAAUGUCUCCCUGUCACCUGCAACAGCGAAUGAGCCCGUCUGUGUGAAGAUAAGCUAUUUCUAAAUAGUGAAAACGGGGAAACAGGAGCCAGUGGGCAGGUUGGGACCACAGACAAAACGAUUUAUGGCACUCAAACCGGAGACAACACACACGUUCUCCUCUCUUUAUUUUGCACUGAAAACAUGCAUAUUACUGUCACUACACAAACAGUGACAGCAUCUUGCAGAAGGAGACUCCUGCAGACACCGUGUUAUGCUACAGCUGCAGCUACGGAGUGAGAAGCUCCUCCACACCGGAGACAGACAGGCAGAGCAGCUCUGUGUCACUAACCUCAAUAGUCCUGCUGCUCCACAUCUGUCUCACACUCCACAGUGGACUGACCCAGACUCGCUUCCCAUUUCAAAUACAUUUACAAAGUAAGUUGCCUCAAACUACUCACAAAAAAGGUUCAUUUCUGGAGCCCUGGUGUGCAUGCCAGAUUAGUGUCAGUACGCCAAUAUGAGCUAAAACAGGACCACUUUUGUCCAUAGUGGCUGCCAGAAUCAACAGAAAAUGAAAACCCUGUCCAGCUGCUUUAAGAAACUCUGAAAUGCAAAAAAAAUCAUCAAAAAGCUGAUGAUGUUCCAAGAAAUACAAAAAAAUGUUUAAAUAAUACGACAAAGUUCUCACACAAAUGAAAAAAAUUCUCCAGAAACACAAAAAACGUAAAUUUCUGUGUGUGUUUGAUUUAAAUUAAUUUGUUGAAACUGGAAUGAUUUUUAUUUUUUAAUCUCCAAAUGUUGUACAGUGACCCUUUAGGGCCACUGUACAAAAGUGCGAACAUAUAAAUACAUUUGGACAGGUAAUAUGUGACACAUGGAGAAGGUUCAGUAACAGAGGGCUGAGGGUAAAAAUAAUGACUUUACAACCUGCUCUGAGCAGUAGGAGGAACUUUGGCUGUGACAGCGGCUGGAGUGGAUGACUUAUAUAAAUGUUUAUCUUUGCACCUCUGCCCUGAAGCUGUGGGAUUUCCCUGCUAACUCCGCCCUGCAGAUCACCCCAUCGUGUUUUUAAGGAGGCAGGUGAACCUGAAAUGUCAGAAUUUAUUGCUGGUGAGUCACUUUUUGCCGCCUGAUGUGUCCUCAAUUUCCUCAUAGUAUCAUUAACAUUUCACUGUGACUCCAGUUCAGCUGUUAAAGGUUAACUACGGCAAAUAAACACUGACUAACAUGUAACACCAAGCCUUGCAAGCUCUGUGGAAAUCUGGUGACACAUUAAGUUCUCUCCUGAAAAGAGAACUUACCCACAAUCCUCUGCUGUUGGCCUUGGUGUUGGUCUGAUAACCAUAGACAUAUAUAAAAACGCAAGAUGGCUCAUGCACUCUGUUAGCCGAUGGAGGUCCUCGAAUGGCGACCAUCUUGCCACAGGCAGCUUGCCCACCCAUAACAUUAAAGUCUACGGUGCAUGUAUCAUUUAAAUAACCAUUGAUUGCUUAAUUUUUAAUAGAUUUUCAAAUGGUUAUAGAUAUAAAUAUCUGUCUCGUGUUGCCUUUCUUUCUGUAUAUCCGUUCUUCUGUAUAUCCGUUCUUUACACAUAUACAUAUAUUUAUACAUAUAUGUAUGAAUGAAUGUAUGUAUGUAUGUAUGUAUGUAUGUAUGUAUGUAUGUAUGUAUGUAUACACGCUGUUUGGGAAACAGUGGCUUAGAGAAGUUGUUCUCUAACUUUUUGUUUUUGCUUCAGUAACUCCUGUUCAGGUUCUGGUUCAAAGUACCCCCUAUAACAGACUACCACCCAUUCUUUGAAAUUUAUAUCUAGCAUUUCAUUAAUGUCAUGCAGGAAUCUCCUAUCUUCAUGUUUUACCUUUUUUUGUUAGAUGUGUGGAUUUGUCCACCACAUGCUUGAAAUGAAUAACCCACCUUAGGGAGAAUAUUACAAAUAAAAACACAUGAAACAACUGUGCUGCACGAUUCAGUCUUUUUUUUUCUAAAAAAAAAAAAAAAAGCUGCAAUUUCAACAUGUCCAAGCAUCUCGACUCAUAGCUGGUUUUACAACCAAAACCGUUCGUAAAUCUGUCAAGAUUUUAGCAAGUCAAAAGUAUUUUUAAUUAUGCAGAUAUUUCACCUUCUAACAGCUACCACAGAGCAUACCAGAAUGGUAUACUGUGGUAAGAUGGCCGCUGUAAAGGGACGCUGGUGACUCUGCCUUGAGCCAUCUAGCCUUUUUUAUCAUCUAUGCUGAUAACAAUGUUUGCAGAUGAUGUCAUGUAGAGGGGAGAUGACUCAUUAGCAGUUCAUUAACAAGUCGUCUGGGACUGUUUCAGAACAAACUCAGUGCUUCCUGCAAUAAGUUGGACAAAAGAAGAUACAAACAGUAAUGUAAUACCCAGAGAGAGCUAUUUCAUCACAGGAUUAUUCCUCAGAGCAUUUAUAAACAAGAUUUUGCCACAUCUGCUAUAAUCGGUUUGCGAACCAUUAAUGUUACUGUCUGUAUUUAGUUGUGCAGAAUGAGUCAAUGUCAAUGAAUACUACUCCACUGGUUCCCUGUGCACUAUAAAAAAAGAGUUUCAGAUUUCAUUGAAGCUCCUCUGAGGGUUGCUCCAAUUCAUGAAGUAGAAAUGUAAGCACUGGAUGUGUCUUCUCAUGGGAUUAGAUCUUUUAGAGGGCUCCUGCUCAUCUCAAAGUCAAGGUUCAAACUGAAUGAAUAUGGUACUUUUUUCCAUCAGAGCCUUUUGAAUUAUGCACAACCUCCCUCAAGAGAUGAGACUCACAGACAUUUUAAAAUUACCUCUUAAGACUCACUUUUACAGAUUUGCUUUUAUUUAACUUUUUAAAACCUAUUUUGGAUUUUCAUAGGUCAACGUAUUUUGCAGAAAAAUGUUUCGUUUAUUUAAAUCAUGUUAAUGCUCAACAGGCCAAUCCUUGAUUCACAAGUCCUUUUGUGGUCUCCUCUCUGUAUGAUUAUUAUACGUUUUAUUUAUUUAUCUAUUGAUUUCUUUCUUUGUUUGUUUUAAUCUCACCGCCCCCAAAUUUAUAUAUUUUUAUUUUCUUUCUUGUGGUAUCAUUUGGUUUUGAGUAAUGAAGUUGAUGUGGAAGUGCUAAAUAAUGAAGUUCCCUGAGUGUUCAGCUGCAGACGCACCAGGUAUUUCUUUAAAUUUCUCAUUUGUAUUUUUUUUUCUGUUUGAUCUUGACAUACUCGCUCUGGAGCAUGCUCGGUUUCCUACAGCGCAGAAACAGGUGAUUGAAGCUCAGCUGUCGAGGUUAAGUCUGGAUGUUUGAGUCAUCCUGCUAAUUGCUCUGGGUGCCAACACAAACCGCCCUGUCUACACUACAAUGAGGGCAGGAUGCCAAACUCAAACAUGGAUGAGCUGUUCUUUUAGGGGCAGAAGGAUGACACACCUUUCUGCAGAAGAGCUAAAUUACUGUGAGUCACUUUACAGAGAAAAUCAACAACUCACCGAGCCAGAAAGCCAGAGUAUGAGAUAAAGCAUCUGCAGCUGGGCUGUGUGCACCUUCAACACAGCGUCAUACUAACAGUGGUAAUGCUAGUAUGCUGACGUCAGCAGGGUUUGUACCUCACUGUAAGUACUGCUAAUAAUUUUUAUGUUAACACAGUUUUUCUUUAUCUGAUUUUUCCUUUUACAGGCUGUGAAUCACAGAACAAAAGUGAUGUUAGGACAUCCUCAAAUCAGGACCUGCCAUCUCCCUACUGAGAGAGGACAGAAUCCCCAGUGAGGUCAUGUGACCCUCCACCUAGUCAGCAGCCAGAUAGACGCUGCGAUAAGGUCAGAAGUUACAUAACCGGAACAUCACUUGAUCUGCUCUAAUGACACGGCAGAUUGUCUGCAGCACCUUAACAGAAAAGUGUGAGGAAAACCUCCUCUUCAUCUGUUAACACUAAUCCUCUCUUUCUCUCCUUUCAGCUCCUGCCUUGCUGUCCUGCUUUCUAUUUUUACAGCAGCACAGAUUUAUCAAGGCCAACACCCUGCAGACCAGCACAAUGUUUCAUCUCUGAUGCCCUUUUGUCAUUAUGUUUGUCUCCAUUUCUCUCGGACAUGA